UCACCAUACAUGUAAAAAGGCCUUUCCUCCCUCAUCAACUCUUAACUAAGAGGAGGGCAUACAGUAUGUCGCUGUGCUGACAGUUACAGGGACUCUACUUUGUACUCUAGGAUUUUCUUUUCAUUGACACCAGUUACCUGGGUUUUACCUCCUGAAUUGAAAAGAAUCACUUAUGGAAUUUACCAACUCUCAUUUUGUAGUUUUCUUUGGUUUAUAGUAAGUCACAGAAAUUUCAGAUUUUGUAAGUGCUUAUUUUAUAAGUGCUCCUGGAAGGCUCGCUGUCUUGGGUACGUCUCGGUGCUCAGGAUGUUUGGUUCAUCUGGAUCUUCCCUGGAGGGAACGUAACUCCCACACACCUUGGUCCUUAAUUGUGCCAGACCUCCUCAAGGCCCUGUACCUUUGGUUUUCCGUCUUCUACCACACUUGCACUUGUUUUUCAGUAAUUCAGUGUCAUAAAUAUCAUUCCGGCCCCGUGUCCUGAGUUCUUGAUGGAAAGUGUUAUUGACAGAUGCUCCUCCACGAGGUUAGUUUCCCUCCACUGCAGUCGGGCCCAGUGGACAAAUUAUAAAAGUGAUUUUGUUUCUUGUUUUGUGCUUCAGUUCCUUAAUCUAUGAGUAAACCAUUUUAGGGGUUGGGAAAAUAUAAUGGAAAUUCAAACUAGUACUUGCACUGCCUGUGUUUCUGGCUAAUCAGUCAGAUGGCUGUACAGACUGGGUACCUUGAUACAAACCACUCAGUGUCCACAGGGAACAGUGUUGCUGGAAGGGAGUGGGUAUAAGAACAGCCAGCAGCUCAGACUUCCAGUAUCUGCUGCCCCCAGAGCAGAGCAGGGCUGGGGCAAUUCACCUUCUCCAGGCCUCUGCUCUGCAGUAUCAGUCAAGAACAUGGGCUUUGGAGCCAGGCUAUGUGGGUUCAAAUUCUGGCUGUGCCCCUUACUCAUCUUGAGCAAGUUUCUUAACCUCCCUGCCUACAUGUCUUCAUUUCUAAUAGAACCCACCUCAGAUCAGACUAUUGUGUAUUAAUCCCAGUAGAGCAGCUAGAUCAUUGCUCUACUGGCAAGUGAUGAGUACUUGAGACAGCGUAGCUACCUACUUUAUCUCCUGUAGUUAUAUUGGGACAUAGCCACAGUUCUCACAAGAGUGCCUGGUGUAUAAUAUUCAAUUGGCAUGUUUUUUUUUGUCUUCUAAAAUGCUCAGAGUAGCAGCACUCAACACAAGUUGUAUUAAGAGGCAAAUCAAAGAGGUACCUUGGCCAGUUAACCCUGGAAGAUGACCGUGAUUUUUUAAAGGGCGCUGUCCAUGAUUGGCCUGGCCCUGAUAGCUCUCGGCACUGGAGGAAUAAAGCCCUGUGUGUCUGCAUUUGGUGGAGACCAGUUUGAAGAGGGCCAGGAAAAACAAAGAAACAGAUUUUUUUCCAUCUUUUAUUUGUCCAUUAAUGCUGGAAGUUUGAUUUCUACUAUCGUCACUCCCAUGCUCAGAGUUCAAGAAUGUGGAAUUCAUAGUAAACAAGCUUGUUACCCACUGGCGUUUGGGGUUCCUGCUGCUCUCAUGGCUGUAGCUCUGAUUGUGUUUGUCAUUGGAAGUGGAAUGUACAAGAAGUUCCAGCCCCAGGGUAACAUCAUGGCCAAAGUUGCCAAUUGCAUUGGUUUUGCCAUCAAAAAUAGAUUUAAGCAUCGGAGUAAGGCAUUUCCCAAGAGGGAACACUGGCUGGACUGGGCUAAAGAGAAAUACGAUGAGCGGCUUAUCUCUCAAAUUAAGAUGGUUACCAGGGUGAUGUUCCUGUAUAUUCCACUCCCAAUGUUCUGGGCCUUGUUUGAUCAGCAGGGCUCCAGAUGGACACUGCAAGCAACAGCGAUGAAUGGGAAAAUAGGACUUAUGGACCUUCAGCCAGAUCAGAUGCAGACCGUGAACGCUAUCCUGAUUGUGAUCAUGGUCCCCAUUGUGGAUGCCGUGGUGUACCCUCUGAUUGCAAAGUGUGGCUUCAAUUUCACCUCCCUGAAGAAGAUGACAGUCGGCAUGUUCCUGGCUUCCAUGGCGUUUGUGGUGGCUGCAGUCGUGCAGGUGGAAAUUGAUAAAACUCUUCCAGUCUUCCCCAAAGGAAAUGAAGUCCAAGUUAAAGUGUUGAAUAUAGGAGAUAGUAUCAUGGAUGUAUCUCUUCCUGGAGAGAUGGUGACCCUCGGACAGAUGUCUCAAACUGAUAAAUUUAUGACUUUUGAUAUAGACAAACUGACAAGUAUAAAUAUUUCUUCUCCGGGAUCACCAGUCACUCCUGUCACUCAUAAUUUUGAGGCGGGCCAUCGCCAUACCCUUUUCGUGUGGGCUCCCAACCAUUACCAGGUGGUGAAGGAUGGCCUGAACCAGAAGCCAGAAAAAGGAGAAAAUGGAAUCAGAUUUGUAAAUAUUUUUGAUGAGAGCUUCAACAUCACAAUGAAUGAGAAGGCUUAUAUAAAUGUCACCAGUCACAAUGCCAGCGAAUACCAGUUUUUUCCCUCCGGAGAAAAAAACUUCACAAUAAGUGCAACACAACCGAUUACAAAGCCAUGUAAAAAUACUUUCACAACUUCCAAUCUUGAAUUUGGUAGUGCAUUUACCUGUGUAAUCAGAAGGCAGGCUGAUGGCUGCCCCGAAUUGAUCAUGUUUGAAGAUAUUCCACCCAACACAGUUAACAUGGCUCUGCAAAUUCCACAGUAUUUUCUCCUCACCUGCGGCGAAGUGGUUUUCUCUAUCACGGGACUGGAGUUCUCAUAUUCUCAGGCUCCUUCAAACAUGAAGUCGGUGCUGCAAGCGGGGUGGCUGUUGACAGUGGCUGUUGGCAACAUCAUUGUGCUCAUCGUGGCAGGAGCAGGCCGGUUCAGUGAACAGUGGGCCGAGUACAUUCUGUUUGCGGCUUUGCUCCUGGUUGUCUGCGUAAUAUUUGCCAUCAUGGCUCAAUUCUAUACGUACAUCAACCCGGCAGAGAUUGAAGCUCAGUUUGAUACCGAUGAGAAGAAAAAGAAGCCAGAAAUGUUGGAUCCUGUUUCACAGACACAGAUGUGAAUGUCAAGAAGCACGUGGAGAGUGGAUGGGCCCAGAUCAUGCCCAGCUUUCUGCCCGGUGGUGGGUGGCAGGACAGUCUGUCGGCUGCAAUCUGGUGAGGAAACUUUUAAAUUGUGACCCAAGAAAGCUAUUUUCUAAGCAGCCAGUGGUGGACCUAAAACUCUGGAAGAAGUCCUUUUUUUUUUUUUUUUUUUAAGAGAAGUCUUAUUUAAUGCACACACACACUUUUUCAACACUGAGUCCUUACCCUGUGUUUAACUCCCUUCCUAACACACAAAUGAAGUUAUUUUGGACUAACUUAAUUUUUUGAAAGGGUGGAAAAGUUCUAUAUUUGCAUCCUAACACUCCAUGAAAACAAUGCUAAAUGGAGGCUGGGGGCAAUGUGAAAAGUGAAUUUUUAGGCUUCAGAAUGGUAUGUAAUGAGCUCCAGCUAGUCUUAACUGAGAACUUUUGUUUAUUGUUUUGUUUUUCCAGUCCCUACCUCUUUUAAAUUAUGUGUGACUCAAAAGACCACUCAGGUAAAGGCCAGUAAUGAUUUCUGGAGUUUCAAUUAUGUGAAAUAAAUUCCUGUUCUUAAAAGUAA